ACUAUCACGUGUUCACAGCCGUGUUCCAUUGGCGUAAGCGUUCUCUCUCGCAACGCAAUAUCCUGCCUGUAACGCGGUGGAUGCUGGAAGUUGUAGUUCCUCCGGAAAUCCGGAGCUGCUGACAGGAAACGAAGGAAAAGAAGGGAGUGAUCGCAGUCAUGAUCCGCUUUAUUCUGAUCCAGAACCGUGCUGGGAAGACUCGCCUGGCCAAGUGGUACAUGCAGUUUGAUGAUGAUGAAAAGCAGAAGCUGAUUGAGGAGGUUCAUGCUGUGGUCACUGUCAGGGAUGCCAAGCACACUAAUUUUGUGGAGUUUAGGAACUUUAAGAUCAUAUAUCGUCGGUAUGCUGGGCUGUAUUUCUGUAUAUGUGUGGAUGUGACGGAUAAUAACCUGGCCUAUCUGGAAGCCAUCCACAACUUUGUAGAGGUGUUAAACGAGUAUUUCCAUAAUGUAUGUGAAUUAGAUCUGGUGUUCAAUUUCUACAAGGUAUACACAGUGGUGGAUGAAAUGUUUUUGGCUGGUGAAAUUAGAGAAACAAGUCAGACAAAAGUUUUGAAGCAGCUGCUGAUGCUCCAGUCACUGGAAUGAAAAGGACCUCUGACCUGUCGCCCACCUAAACUCUUCAGUAUCUUGUGUAUAUAUAAAUAUAUAUAUGUCCUCCCUUUCAGUCCUGUAAUAACAUUCCAGACAGGAGCUUAAUCUCCUCAUUAACAACCACCGUACUGUUUCUCUUUAGUCCGCAUUAUGUGACCCAUUACAACCUCUACUUUUUCUUCCCAGAACUCUAUAUCCUACCUGCUCCUGUCUCUUUGCGUUUUCUCCAAAAAUUGAAGUUUUUUUUUUAACUCAAUGUGAAAACAAUAAAAUAUUCUGUGUAUGAAAAA